AUGCAGGACCGGCUAUGCGCCUUCAAAGAUAAAAUUGGCGACAAGGUUCAUCGACGCCGGACAAGAAAUAUAUACAAACAUAAUCCCAAAAUUUUUGAUUUCUCAAAAUUUUCAGAACGGCUAACUACCUUAAAAAACAUUUACAACGAUCCCAACAAACGAAUUCGAAAACGCAACCGAAACAAGACCACAAACGACUUGAUUGUGACAUCCGGAUCAGUCCCAGAAAGCAUUGAGCAGUUAGGCGAUGUUGUGAAGCGGAUAGAAGAUUUGAAAACUUUCGAUGAGAAAGACGAGGAAAGAGAAAAUCCCCAAACGAUUUCUAUAGACUUACCGGAUCCGCCAGAGCUAGAAUUAUUUUCUACCGAAUAUGCCGUCAACGCGGCAAUUCUCCCAAGUUUGGACGAAUUCAACCCGGAAACCAAUGGUUUUCAAUCCAUUUUCAACGAUUUGGAAAGAUCAGCCUACGGACCAACAAGUAGUCAGUUUGAUAAUUAUGGAUCAUUCGACAGCAAUGGAAGCUUUGGAAAUCAACAAGGUUUCCAAUACGAGAUGCAGAUGGUAUUAUUAUCAUUCCGUAAUCUUGCAAGUAAUAUUAUCACCGGCUUUUUCGAAAAAUCUUACAAAGUCUGGUAA